AUGUUAAAACAGCUAAUCAGACCAGGUCUAGCAUGUAGGAAACUCCACAGCCUCUCCACAGACCCAGCUCCCCUCGAGUUCCCCUCCCAGAACUACCCUCUCCAGACUACUCCAGCUAGAAACGUGCACUUUGUCCCUGUAGUUGUAGAGAAUACAGGUGGGGGAGAGCGUGCGUAUGAUCUCUUCUCCAGGCUCCUUGCAGAGAGGAUUAUCUGUAUAAUGACACCAAUAGAUGACCACCUCGCUGGACUAGUUAUAGGACAGUUGCUGCACCUCCAAGGUAGCAACAGCACUGAACCUAUCAGUAUGUACAUCAACAGUCCUGGUGGGUUGGUCAGCGCUGGUCUGGCUAUAUACGACACCAUGCAGUACGUUACAGCACCCAUCAGCACAUGGUGUAUAGGACGCGCAAUGAGCGCUGCAUCUCUACUGUUGUGCGCGGGCGCACCCGGUAUGAGGUACUCACUGCCACACUCCCGUAUCAUGGUACAUCAGCCUUCUGGUGGCGCACAGGGACAAGCCUCCGACAUCGCCAUCCAAGCAGCUGAAAUAAUGUACUUACGUAACCAGCUGAAUACCAUCUAUGUGAAUCACACUGGGAAAACGUUAGAGGAGAUAGAGAAGGCGAUGGAGAGAGACACUUAUAUGUCGAGUGAGCAAGCUAAGGAAUUUGGACUCAUUGAUCAUGUGACCGUUCAGCCACCUGCUCUCAAUUUAGAUCAGUAA